ACCCCUCUUAUCAAAUCCCCAUUCUUGGCUUUCUUUCUUUGCAGAUCAUGUAUAAAUACAUCACUUCUCAUUCUUCAUAUUCUCCAUCCCAUUCCCAUUCUUCUCUCUAUGUAAACAAACACACACACACACAAACAAAAUUUAACAAAGAGAAACAAGAGCGAUGGCAGAAGGAAGCACAAAUGGACACCAUGAGGGACUCUCUCUACCUGUAAAAGAUGGUGACACGAAUCGCCAUGCUUCUUCCUCUAUUUUAACCAUACAAUUUAUGCAGAAGUUGAUUGCUGAGUUGCUGGGAACAUAUUUUGUGAUAUUUGCCGGGGAGGCCGCAGUGACGGUUAAUCUGGCGGAGGGCAAGGUGGUGACACUCCCCGGGAUCUCGAUAGUCUGGGGACUUGCCGUCAUGGUUAUGGUUUAUUCUGUUGGCCAUAUCUCUGGAGCUCAUUUCAAUCCUGCUGUCACCAUUGCUUUUGCCUCUUGCAAAAGGUUCCCAUUGAAACAGGUACCCCCUUAUAUCAUUGCUCAAGUAGCUGGAUCCACUCUAGCUAGCGGAACUCUAAGACUAAUAUUUAACGGGAAGCAAGAUGAAUUUCCUGGCACCCUCCCAUCAGGAUCGGAUCUCCAAUCCUUUGUCCUGGAGUUUGUCAUCACAUUCUACCUAAUGUUUGUCAUAUCUGGCGUCGCCACUGACAAUCGAGCUAUUGGUGAACUAGCUGGGCUUGCUGUUGGAGCUACCAUUCUGGUUAAUGUCAUGAUUGCAGGGCCAAUAUCAGGUGCAUCAAUGAAUCCAGCCAGGAGUCUGGGGCCAGCAAUAGUAGCCAACCAAUACAGAGGGAUUUGGGUUUACAUGGUUGGUCCUAUAGCAGGGGCCGUCGCGGGUGCAUGGGUUUACAAUAUUAUUAGAUUUACAAACAAGCCCUUGCGAGAGAUCACCAAGAGUGCCUCUUUUCUUAGAUCCUCGCCCCGUUCUUGAUCCACUUGUAUUACUAUGACUUUACAGGGAUAAUUAUUCUACUCGGCUUUGCAAUUUCAUAUAUAGAUGUAAUUAUGUUCCGUUUAAAGGUAGAGUACAUUUAAACAGUUGUGUUUUUCUUAG